AGAAGAGAUUCAAAUCAUCCAUUACUAAACAUAGAAACCAAAUCUGAGAUCCAGAGAGAAAAUGGUGACGGAAGAGAUGGUGAAGCUGAUCGGAAUCUGGUCGAGCCCAUUCGUUGUGAGGGCAAUGAUGGCUCUCAAUCUGAAGGGGAUCGAAUAUGAGUUCCUGCCAGAGGAUUUGCCCAACAAAAGCGAGCUUCUUGUUAGGUCUAAUCCUGUUUACAAGAGGGUCCCCGUUCUCAUCCAUGGAGAUAAGCCCGUUUGCGAGUCCCUUGUCAUUUUGCAGUACAUUGACGAAGUCUGGGCUUCUUCCGGCCCCUCCAUCCUCCCCGCCGAUCCCUAUGGCCGUGCGCUCGCUCGCUUCUGGGCAGCCUAUGUAGACGACAAGUUAUCUUCUCCCGUUCGAGUGUUGCUCUGGAGCAAUGAUGAGGAAAGCAAGGCAGCGGCUAAGGAGCAGAUGUUCGCCGCACUGCUGCAGUUAGAAGACGCUUUAGCGAAGUGCAGUAAUGGGAAGAGCUUCUUCGGCGGCGACAUUAUGGGCUUGGUAGACAUCACGCUCGGUUCCUGCCUCCGUUGGCUGGAAGCAAUUGGAACUAUAGAGGGAAUAAACGUUCUGGACAAAACGAAGACCCCUCGGUUGGUUGAGUGGGCGGAGCUCUUCUGUUCCGGCGACCCCGCGAAGGAGCUGCUGCCGGAAGCCGAGAAAUUGGUAGAGUACUACAGGAAAGACUUUGUGGUUCGUCGUGUUGCUGCGGCUUCUGAUCCGCCCAAAUGAUUUUCUGCUUUCUUGGUUGCGUUUAUGGAUUCUGUGGGUGAAAUAAAAUUAAGGUGGCACAUGUUGUGUUUAUGCACUUCACAUCAACAUAUGAUGAUGCAACGUUGAAGUUAUUUUGUUUCUGUGCCGUUGAAGUUAUUUGAUUGUGUUAUGGUUGAGAGUUUAAGUUUCCUACAAGAUGUUACAUGCCAUGAGUCA